AUGCAUAGGAAAAAUAUAUUUGUGCGUCUUAUAGGUAUUUUGGCCAGGAAGUUUAGGGUGCUGCAAGAAGUAUGGAUUUUGCCGUGGUGGGGCAGUGGGGGGUUGGCGACUGUACCUCUCUGGACCUUAGAUACUCUGGUGCUGCUUCUCAAACUGUGCACCACCUGUACACUGGCAGCUGCGAAGGUGUUCAUCCCGCCUACUAUGAAGAGCUUACACGGAGAGACCGUCUUAGUUACAGGAGCAGGUCACGGCAUCGGAAGGGAGUUGGCAAUUCAGUUCGCAGAGUUGGGCGCCACCGUCAUAUGUUGGGACAACGAUGCACGGAGAAACAAUGCUGUUGUCGACGAAAUAAGACUAAAAGAUGGAGAGUGUUACGGUUACACGAUAGACGUGACGGCUCGUGAGCAAGUAGCAGCACUAGCACUGCGCAUGCGACGCCAGCUGACAGAUGUAUCUAUGGUGGUCAGCAACGCAGGGCUUCUGACUUGUGCACCCAUCAGCCAUCUGCGACAAGACGCCAUUUUGAAGCUUAUCGAGACCAAUUUGCUUUCACAUUUUUGGGUCAUUCAAGCGUUCCUACCCAAUAUGAUAGAGAGGCGGCAUGGACAUAUAAUCGCUAUAAAUUCUAGCGCAGGCCUAAUGCCCUGUGCCGACAUGAUUCCGUACUGUGCAGCGAAGUUUGGACUAAAAGGCCUGAUGGAUUCUAUAACAGAAGAGCUCAGGCUGGACACGUGGACGAAGAACAUCAACACCACCUCAGUGUACCUGGCGACAGUUGCCACCGGCAUGUACCCACAACCAUCGCAUCGCUUCACCACGUGGUACUCCGAAAUUACGGCAAGGCAAGCUGCUAAGACUAUUAUUGAAGGAGUCCGCAAGAACUACAGAAAUAUCAGCAUACCCUCAUUCAUGAAGUUCCUAAUCGAUCUAAACAACCUUAUGCCAUACAGAAUAAGAGUUAUUUUUUCUGAUUUCUUCAACAUUCGUCACAGAGGAUGGUUUUGUUUUUGCUGA